AUGGCAGAACCCAGCAAGGCGGAGACCGAGCAGGUCUUCAAGGUGUUGAAGUCGGGCAAGGGCAACAAGAUGUGCUUUGAUUGUCAGGCUCGUAACCCGACUUGGUCCAGUGUUACGUUCGGCGUGUACAUAUGUCUCGACUGCUCCAGUGUGCAUCGGAAUAUGGGCGUUCAUAUAAGUUUCGUCAGGUCAACCAACUUGGAUAGCUGGCAGCUCAUUCAACUGCGCACGAUGAAAAUAGGCGGGAACGGCUCGGCAACAGACUUCUUUACCCGCCAUGGCGGGUCUACUCUCCUCGGUGAAUCCGACGUCAAGAAGAAGUAUACCAGCCGUGUCGCCGACCUCUACAAAGAGGAGCUAGCUAAGAGAGUGCGGGAAGACGCAGCAAAGUAUCCAGAGGGUAUCGUGGUCGAAGGCGCAGAGACCGCGAAAUCUCCGCCAACAGAAAGCACUGCUGGAGGCGACGACGACUUCUUCUCCUCCUGGGAUAAACCAACAUCGCCCAAGCCAGCAGCAAACAGCUCGAAACCCGCCGCACCGUCCGUCAUUGGCCGCGCUGCAUCCGCAUCCUCCGCACCACGCACCGUAACCUCUUCUUCACUCCGCUCCACCUCCACCGGCAGCUCAGUCGGUCGUCCCGCAAGGCUAGGCGCCUCGCGUCUCUCUUCGUCUGCCUCCACCACUAGCGCCGCCUCGACCGCUGCGCCGAAGAAAUCGAAACUCGGAGGGCUCGGAGCGAAGAAAGCGGCGCCUGUGGAUUUUGCUGAAGCCGAGCGGAAAGCGACGGAGGAGGCUGAGCGGAUUAAGCAGCUGGGGUAUGACCAGGAACGAGAGGAACAGGAGGAACGGGUGAAGAAGGAAAAGGAGGCGCUGGAGCUGAAGAGCAAGGCUGCGACCGUGGGCGUGAAGACGAAGACAGUUGAAGUGGCUAAGGUUGCACCAAAGCCGAAUGGUAGCAGCCAGGAUAUGGAGCGGCUGGGGAUGGGGAUGAAAAGGUUGGGUUUCGGUGGUGUGCCUGCGGCGGCGGCGGCGUCUUCCAAGGCCAGCACGUCCAUGGUAGCAGACGAUGCGCCCACCACGGCCCGGGACCGAUUCGGAGGCCAGAAAGCGAUAUCGUCUGACAUGUUCUUCGGGAGGAAUGAUUACGACGCCUCCGCACUGAGUGAGAGCCGGGCUCGCCUCUCACAGUUUCAGGGCGCUACUUCCAUCUCGUCGAACCAGUACUUUGGACGAGAGGAGGAGGACGACCUCGUCGCGGGCAAUGCCGAUGGUGGUCUCCUCGGGGAUGGAAGCCUGGCUGGCCUGGAGACGGCUGCGAAGGAGGCCCUCGCGAGGGUCAUGGCGAACCCGGAUGUUCAGAACCUCGGAGAGAGUAUAAGGACGAACGCGCUGAAGCUCUCUGAUUACCUUGCCCAAAUGUCCGAGCGCUGA